ACUUCACUCUCCCUGCACGCGCUCCCCCCGCGCACUUCCCCCGCGUUCACCUGUUCCGCGUGCUCGCUCGUACCUGUGAGGAUCUCCUGUCUGUCUCGCGCUCUCUCUCUCGAGGAUGAUCCCGCGCGCGAGCUGCUGCUGCUGCGCCCUGCUGCCGUUAGUGCUGCUGCUGCUGCCGCUGCUCGCGCCGGCCGCUCGCGCCGAGCCGGCGUUCCGCUGCCCGAGCUGCAGCGCUGAGCGCCAGGCGGCGUGUCCCGCGCUCGCGGAGCCCUGCGCCGAGAUGGUGCGCGAGCCGGGCUGCGGCUGCUGCCCCGUGUGCGCGCGGCAGCAGGGCGAGCCGUGCGGGGUGUACACGCCGCGCUGCUCCAGCGGACUGCGCUGCUACCCGCGGCCCGACUCGGAGCUGCCGCUCGAGCAGCUCGUGCAGGGACGCGGACGGUGCGCGCGCAAGGUGGACGCAGAGCCCGCGGGGAGCGCCGAGCUGAGCGCAGGUGAGGUGCAGGAGCCGCAGGAAGCAGGCCAGACCGAGGUGCCUCCGAUAAGGAAGCCCACGAAGGACCAGUGGAUGGGGCCUAAAGAGAGCGCCGUCAUUCAUCACCGCCAGCAGCAGAAAACCAAAAUGAAGUAUAAAGGGGACGAGUCCAAAGUGCCGCGUGCCAAACCGAGUCAGUGUCAGCAGGAGUUAGACCAGGUGCUGGAGAGGAUCGCCAAAAUGCCUUUCAGAGACAACCGGGGUCCUCUAGAGGACCUGUACUCUCUUAACAUCCCCAACUGUGACAAGAAGGGGCAGUACAACCCCAAACAGUGUAAAAUGUCGGUGAACGGACACCGGGGUGAGUGCUGGUGUGUGAACCCUCACACUGGACGACCCGUCCCCACCUCCCCACUGGUGAGAGGAGACCCCAACUGCAACCAGUACACUGAUACCCAGGAGGUGGGGCUCCAGCCGGGACCCCAAAACUAAACCAGCCAUGAAUCUGAACAGCUAGAGCAGGACCCUGAGGAGUCAGUGUUUUAACCCCUUAAACAAGCUACCAGUAUACUUUGUGUGUCUGUGUGUGUGUGUGUGGUUGCGUGUGUGUGUGUGUAUGUGUGUUUGUUUGUGUGUGUGUGUUCUUGUUUUUAUUUUUUGUAGAUUUUGACGUAGUGUGCAGCGUAACUCGAAGCAGCAUCAGUGUUGUUGAGGCUGGAGAUGUUUAGAUUGAUUUAACACAACAGAUCCCUGCUUAAAUAACAGGUUUCUCUGGGUGAAAAUGCAGAAAAUGUGAUAGAAACAUGCAUGGAUGUGCUGUUUUUCCAUUUUUCCAUGUUUUCCAUGUUUUAAACGCUGGUUUAUGAGACUGUAAUCUCACAGUUAGCUCUCUUUUACAUCCUUUGUAUGUACUGUGUGCAAAAGUGAUGUGUUAGAAUGUAUAGUUCUCUCUCUCUCUCUCUCUCUCUCUUUGGUGCUAUUCCUCUUCUUCUUUAUCAUUUAAUUUCAUUUUAAUGUUCACCUUUCAUCACUCAAACUCUACUGAAACAGUGAAGAUAAGGGGAUUUACUGUAGGGCUGCACAGCAUGGAUAUAAAACACUGCAGUUUAGUGUCUGGAAAAAAUGAAGAGACCACUUCAGUUUCUGAAUCAGUUUCUCUGAUUUUGCUAUUUAUAGGUUUAUGUUUGAGUAAAAUGAACAUUGUUGUUUUAUUCUAUAAAUUACAGACAACAUUUAUCCUAAAUUCCAAAUAAAAAUAUAAUUAAUGCAUUUAGAGCAUUUAUUUACAGAAAAUGAGAAAUGUCUGAAAUAACAAAAAAAAAGAUGCAGAGCUUUCAGACCUCAAAUAAUGCCAAGAAAACAAGUUCAUAUUCAUAAAGUUUAGAGUAGAGUUCAGUAAUCAACCUCCUCCACCAGUCUUACACACUGCUUUUGGAUAACUUUAUGCCUUUACUCCUGGUGCAAAAAAAUAAAUAAAGCAGUUCAGCUUGUUCCAGAUGUUUUCUGGAAUUUGGUAAGAUCAAAGAAACUCAUCAUUUUUAAGUGGUCUCUUGUUUUUUUCCAGAGCUGUAUAUUUUAAGGUUUAUUUAGGUAAAUAUAUUGAGAUUUGCCUAGGAUUCUCACACACAUUAACAGUAUUAUUAUCAGUAUUUUACCUUUUUCGUAUUACCUAUAUAUUAGUAGGGGUGGGCGAUAUGGCCCUAAAAUAAUAUCACAAUAUUUCAUAGUAUUUUCGAUAACGAUAAUGAUAGUCUUGACAAUAUGACAAAACACUGAAUUAUAAAAAAUAUAUAUAUGAAAUAUAGAUAUAUAUUUCAAUAAUACUGUAACAAAAUGAAAACUACAUUUUAUUAUUGCAUACAAUAUGACAUGAUAAAGCACACCUCUAACUGAGAUAUUAAAAAAUACAAGAAUUAAUUAUCAUAUUUAUAACAGAUUUAAAGUCAAUAAUCCAGAAUCUCCAAAUAUCUCCAUAUAUCCAGGAUUAAAGUAAAAUAAAUGGACAGAUAUAAUAUGUCUCUAGUAGAUAUAUAAUGAGGUAAAAUGAGAACAUUUCUUUUGCUAAAAACAGUAAAAAAAAUAAAAUAAAAAAGUACCCUGAUGUGAAAAUCGUUCACAAUAUAAAAUAAAAUUGGCGAUAUUAUCAAUUAUACAUAUUGUGCAGCCCUACAUAAAAGCUUUACACUGAUUCACCUGAUUCAGUGAUCAGCAUUAAUGCAGAUUUACACAUUUUAAAAACCAUAGAGAUAACACACUGAUUUAGUGCCUUAUCGAAUGAUUUAGACGGUGCUCUCUGAUUUGAUAAAUUAGUAUCUUAAUCCAACUCUGCUGCGUCAAAUCUGAGAACUAUAUGACUUCAGAAAAGUGGAUCUACGAGAUACUGCACUCCAAAUAUUAUAAAAACACAUUUACAGCUACUUAUAGGCCGCAGAUGCAGCUCCAGUGAAGGAUCUCCAGUGGAAUGAAGAUGCUCUCUGUAGAAAAUAAAGCAUAAAUACCGUGUUCAACAUCCUCCCGAGUUAAGGAUGACCACAAUCUCGUGCACGUGGCACCUAGUUGUCCAAUCCCAGGAGAGAAAGCGUAAUAGAUAUCAUGUCUUAAAUAAAAAGAAAGAUUUUGUGAAGACUCCAGUGGUGUUUGGCUGAAAUGCACAGCUAAUGGAGAGAGCCAGGCCUGCUCACUAACUGUCGUAGCUCGAGCUUCGUGAAGUAUAGAUGCACUUUCAUGCUCAUCAUUUCUUCCGCUUCUAUUGUACCAUUUUUCACAAGCUGUUACAAACCCUGUGUUUUUGAAUGUACGAGUAUACAAAAUGAACAGUGUUCAAUAUUUCAAGAGCAUGAUAUCAUUUGCAGUAUGACAAUAAAAAUAUAUAUUAACCUUC